CGUGCCUUUUCCCUUUCGCUCUCUUGUCACCAACUUGACAUGUCCAUGUCCCAAUCUCUCCCUAUCUCAGGUCAACCGACGCUAUCGAAGAUCUAGCCCCCUCUCUCCUCUCUCUUCGUCUAGACCAGCUCCCUCAAUUAUAAACCUAUAUAAUAUUAUCAUUGACCUCAAGCUGAUCGAAGAAACGAUUAGUUAAUUGGUGGGAGAGAUCAAAGGAAGGUGUGAUUUAAGGGGGGCUCUGAAUUGAUUCCAAGAAACCCAUUUGCUUCUUCUGCUGCAAGGGGCGGUUGGAUUUCAGUAAGGGACCCUGAAUCAGGGGUUUCGGGAAGCAGAUCAAUGGCUGGCAAGGAAAUCUACCACAAGGUGAAGGACAAGGUGAAAGAUGCUUUUAGUUUGUCAGGACCAGAAACAGGGAAAGGCAAGACAAAGUUAUCAGGCAGGUGUGUCAAGCACGGUUACCAUCUGGUGAAGGGGAAAUCCAAUCAUCCAAUGGAGGACUAUCUAGUGGCAGAGUACAGGCUAGUUGGCGAACAUGAUUUAGGUUUGUUUGCAAUAUUUGAUGGUCACCUGAGCCACACUGUUCCAGACUUUCUGCGCUCUCAUCUUUUCGCUAACAUCUUGAGUGAGCCAGAAUUCUUGAGCGACCCAGAAACUGCUAUCCGAAAAGCAUACCAGCUUACUGAUGAGAAAAUAUUGGAAAACGCAUUAGUGUUGGGAAGAGGAGGCUCCACUGCUGUUACUGCCAUAAUAAUAGGCAGUGAGAAGUCUGUGAAGCUAGUAGUUGCAAAUGUUGGGGAUUCACGGGCAGUUAUUAGCAAGAACGGUCUGGCGGAGCAGCUUUCAGUUGACCAUGAACCAAACAAGGAGCGACAAUCUAUCGAGGAAAAGGGUGGCUUUGUAUCAAACCUACCAGGUGAUGUACCACGUGUUGACGGGCAACUGGCAGUUGCAAGGGCAUUCGGGGACCGGAGCUUGAAGAAGCACCUCAGCUCUGAGCCAGAUGUGGUAGAGGAACCUAUCGAUGAAAAUACCGAUUUUCUAAUUCUAGCAAGUGAUGGUUUGUGGAAGGUGAUGUCGAACCAAGAGGCGGUCGAUGAGAUCAAGGACUUCAAGGAUGCACAGGCAGCCGCGAAGCACCUGACUGAACAGGCCGUGAACAGGAAGAGCAAAGACGACAUAUCGGUCAUUGUCGUGAAGUUCCUGUGCUAGCAAAAUCUGAAAACUGCUGGGCUCCGAACUGUACAACUGUUGUCGUGUUAUACGGUCUUAUGCUUGCUGCUGCUGGAUGUUGUGUUUAAUCCUUUUUUUGGGGACAAUCCACGAAGGGGAUAAAGGAUUGUAACAUAUUGUUGUUUGUUAAAGGCUCCUAAUAAAAAAAUGGGAUCACCAUUGUAAUUCUA